CAGUGAGUUUGUGGCUAAAGGAAAGUUAUCCACACACUGCCCCCAUCUGCUAUCUGAAACCCACCCGUGAGAUGGUUGUUGUGACCAGCAGACACGUCAGCAGCAAUGGAGAGAUCCUGUUGCCUUACCUGGAUGAGUGGAAACAUUAAGAUCUGCUCACAAAGUACACUCACUUGAGGAAUUCUCACAUGUGACGCUGGACAGAGAGGGCGAUCUUCCUUUCUCCGAGCAUAAUGAAACCAUCUGUUAGCUUGCUAAAUGUCUUUGCAAUAUGAUUUGUAUAUUUAACUUUUGUAUAAAUAAUAAUAAUAAUAAUAAAUGUUCAGUUUUAGCUGUAUGAAUGUAAAUACUCAAAUGUCAUGUAAAUUUUAUGUAAAAACACGAGUCACAUGUUUAUGAUGCAAUGUUUUCCUAGUGAUUCAUGCUCAUAGAAUUUUUUUUCAUUGAUUCAAAUUUUGACCUGUAUUAUAUCAAACAUCUACUCAGAUAUGUAAAUAUGCAGAUAAUAAGUGGGAUAUUAUAAUUAGACAUUACUACAUUCACUCACAUUUUAUGAACGUGAAGUUAUAUAAUAAUAAAUGCUUCAAAAAUGAAAUUCAUUGCAUUAAUCUAAAAGUAGUUUAAAUGAAUCAAGUGUUGUCAAGUGUUGGUUUUGUCUGUGGAGGUUUAAACGGCAGUGGAGUUUAAAAAAUGUGAUCCAACCUAAACUAGGAAAAAAUAAAGUCUAUAAAAUAGAUCAUACACAUAUUAUUUUAAUGAAUAUAAUACAUUAUGAAUGAUGACUUACGAAUUAUAUAUGUUUGUCACUUGUUAUGAUAAACAGAAACUACUUGUCAGACUUUUAUUUUGAAAAAUCCGACACACUCCCACCGGAAGUGAAACUCUCGCUGCACUGACGCUGGCAUCCUUCGUCUUGUUUAUCUUCGUCGAGAUGAACGCUUGUCGACUUUACUUAUAUUUAUUGGAGUCUCGUUAAAUAGAAAUAAUUCAGAUUAUAUUAAUGAGUUUUUAAGGUGUUUAGAGUGUGUUUGUGUCACACAGCAGGCAUUAAUACGAAUGUUUAGGGAUUGUUGAGGUGUUUUGGCCUGAGCUGAGACACAUUCAUAAAUUUCACACAUUUAUUCUUUUAUUUCUCAGGGGUUUAGUGUGUUUUCUUAUAUUUGUAUAAUUAAUCAUGGCUGUUGUCAACGAAGGAGCUCUGAAAAAGAUGCUGAAGCAAUACAAGUACAGAGAUCUCACUGUCCGAGAGAUCACAAACGUCAUCUCUCAGUACAAAGACCUCAAACCCGUUAUGGAUGCGUACGUGUUUAAUGACGGAUCAUCCAGGGACUUGAUGAGCCUCACAGGAACUGUACCAGUUAGUUAUAGAGGGAAUGUGUACAAUAUUCCCGUGUGCUUGUGGCUGUUGGAUACGUAUCCCUACAAUCCUCCUAUAUGUUUUGUGAAGCCCACCAGUGCGAUGAUGAUCAAGACCGGCAAACACAUAGAUGCCAACGGCAAGAUCUACCUGCCUUACCUGCACGAGUGGAAACAUCCUCAGUCAGAUCUAUACGGGCUUAUCCAGGUCAUGAUUGUCGUGUUUGGCGAGGAGCCGCCUGUUUUCUCCAGACCCACCACACAACCUCCUUACCAGGCCUUCCAAGCAGCCGGACCCCCGAACCAGUCCUAUAUGCCAGGAAUGCCAGCAGUAUCUCCCUACGGGCCCAACCCAAACCCAUGUGGUUACCCAGGUUACCCUUACCCAGGAGGCAAUGCUUAUCCCGCCACAGGUGGUCCUGCACAUUACACUUCCCAGACUCCUGUCACUACUGUGGGUCCAAGUCGUGAUGGUACCAUCGGUGAAGACACCAUUCGAGCGUCACUAAUCUCAGCUGUGAGCGAUAAACUGCGCUGGAGAAUGAAGGAGGAGAUGGACAGAGCGCAAGCCGAGCUGGACGCCCUGAAGAGGACAGAGGAAGACCUGAAGAAAGGACACCAGAAGCUGGAAGACAUGGUGUCCCGCCUGGACCAGGAAGUGGCUGAGGUGGACAGAAACAUUGAGCUCCUCAAGAAGAAGGACGAGGAACUGAGUGAAGCUCUGGAGAAGAUGGAGAACCAAUCAGAAAACAAUGACAUUGACGACGUGAUCAUACCCACAGCCCCGCUCUACAAACAGAUCCUAAACCUGUAUGCAGAGGAGAACGCUAUAGAGGACACCAUCUUUUACCUGGGAGAAGCCCUGCGUAGAGGAGUCAUCGACCUGGAGGUCUUUCUCAAGCAUGUGCGUCUGCUGUCACGAAAACAGUUCCAGCUGCGAGCGCUCAUGCAGAAAGCACGGAAGACCGCUGGACUUAGUGACCUUUACUGACCCUGCCGCCACCAAUACAUUCUCCUCCCGACACUCCAGCUCUGAUCAUAUGACCCUGAUCUGGUCGCUUUGUGGUAUGUCAGUGGGAGUUCACCAGUGAUAUUUUACUUCUGUGCAAAAUUUAGCUACUGUACACCACCCUUGUUUUAUUUUCUUGAUUUGGAAAAAGCAAAAUGAAAUCAGGUACGAUAUUUGAACUCUAGAAGGUAAAAACUAAUCCUGAGACUUAGAAGUAAAUGAGACAUCAUAGACAUUAUGUUCCUUCUUUCAUUUGAGCUUCUGGCAGGCGUUUGGGUCUUUGGCUUUAGAUACUACUGCUAUUAACUGUACAGAGUGAUACAUUUAAAAUGUGACAUCUACAGGAAAUAUAUGAGAAGAUUGCUCUCAAUUGUGGAUAGCAACUCCUAUUUUCAUUCAGGCACUGUUACAAAAUAUUGUUAUACUCCAUACCUAUGUGAAUCACAGGAAAAUUCACCCCAGUAAAAAGAUGAAACCUAUUUUUAGGACUAUUACGAUUUUUUACGUACAUUUUUUUUAAAAGUACAUUUACCCCCCCUUCCGGUCCAGACAUUUUGGAUUACCUUUUUUUUUUUCAAUUAAAAUCAGCAUCAUUUCAAUUCAGUAACACAAACAAGAUAUUUUUUCUCUCUUGAGAGUGAGAAUUUGAGGGUAAAAAUGUGUCACAAUCUGUAAAAAUAGACUUCAUUUACUUUAUGCAAAAUAUAAUUUAUUCCUUUUUUUUUAUUUUGGGGUAAAAUGACAUUUCUUGAAUUUUUAUGAGAUUCACCUUAUGGAGAAGUUACAGUGAUGACUUAUGGUUCAAUAUUUCAGUCUUAUUACAUUUAUUUUGCCGAGUUUAUUAUUUAUCUCAUCACAAUUGGGAACUAUUUGGUGUUCCAGAUUUAUUGUUAUGAUGUUAUAACUGUAAAUCAUUUAGUAUGGUUUGUUACUAAUAAUGUUACAUUUGAAAUGCUAUAAACUGUUGUACUGUACUUUCAAUUUUCAGACUUUAUUCUUCCAAAUGUGUUAAAAAAAAUUAAUUCUUAAUGAAUUUUUUUUUUUUUUUUUAAAUCUUACCUGUUGCAUUUCAGUCAAUUGUUUUAAUGCACUUUUGGGAUGUGAAUUAGAUUUUUAAGACUUGAGUUGCUGUUUCUGAGACUUUUCCCCCUAAUAUUUGUUCUUAUAUGUUCCAGGAUGUAGAUUAUGUUGAGAAGAUCAAAUAAAAGAACAUGAUCUUUAAUCAUGA